CUUUCCCUCCCUUUAAAAUUUGCAUCUGUUAUUUUACUCGGAUUAUUUUUACUGUUAAAUAUGUUAAUGAAAUUCAUUUAACUCCCAUUUUAAACUUUUGUUUCUGCUAAGAAGUUAGCUCCACGUGCUGCAAAAUAUUACAAGAAUUUUUAAUCAGAUAUUUCUUCUCUACAAAAAGAACUGAAAAAAAUUCAUACUUUGCUUUGCAUUCUGUUUCUUCAAGUUGUUAUAAGUCAAGUCAGUUUGUAGAAUUCCCAAUAUAUUAUUCAUUUUUAUGUUAUGUUCUUUGAAAGCAAAGCAUGGGGUUUUUCUUUUGGUAGUGCUGAUUUCAGUACUCUAAUGAUGAACAAAACUGGAAAGGACACUUUAACACCAAUCGAUGCUUCAUUUACAAAGCUCCCUGAUCACCUUUUGGUAGAAAUUUUCAUUCGAAUUCCAGUCACUGAGUGGGCACAAAUAUGUUGUGUAAAAAAGCAGUGGGCAAACCUUUUCCGGGGAGAAUGCUUGUGGCGAGCUGCUCUUGACAAGAGUUAUCCUUCUGCUAGCCAAGCUAAAAGGUGGCCUGGACCUAUACCACGAGGGUUGAGCCAAAGGGUUAUUGUGAAUAACAAUAUGGCAAAUUCUAAGGUUCUUGCGAAUUCACUUAAAUCUAAGCUCGUGUUUUUAUUUAAAUUGAUAUUGACAAGUCUUACAUGAAGUUGUGUUCAAUAAAGAUGAACGUGACAAGUUCACCACAUUGCUACUCUAUGCUGUUUAUUAAAAGAAAGUAUAGAAUAUGCAAAACAAUGAAUCAUACAAAUUGUCCCCUCUUUUGCAACUCUGUAUUUUGUAAUUCAUGUUGACUCUAUGAUGAGCACCUGCAACUCAAAUACAACAACCAGCAGCAACAAAACAGUAUUCCAGCAGCAGUAUUACUCAACAGACCAAAAACACAGCAAGUAAGAUUCAAAUGGAGAUAUGCAGCUCUGUAUGUUAGCAGACACAUAUUUUCUCUUGAAGGAGAAAUUGAUGAGAUUGUGGGACAUACUUAUUUGUAUUUAAAAGAGCAGCUUGAGCGUUCAACCGUUUCACC